AUGGAGAUAAUGAGUGCUAAAAGAUCAAUUUCAGCUUCAAAUGAAAGCUUUAGAGAUAUAAAUUAUAUGAUACAGGAAGUUGUCAAUGAAUUUUCAGAUUUUAAAUCAGAAGAUGAAACACUAUCAAAAUUAACAGCUGAAAUAAAUAAAUUAGACAAAUAUAUCUCAAAUGUCUAUGAUAUAUUAAAAGAUUCUGUUGAGAAUAUUCGUAAAAAUGAAGAAGCUUACAAAAAGGAACUAGAAAAUACAAAUUUUGAAAAUUCAAUAUCUUUUAAUACAAAAGAUUCAAAUGAAGAAGAGAAGUGUUAUCAAUUAUCGAAAUAUUGUGAGGAAAUUGAAUUGGAGUUAUCAAGAAUUCAUAAUCAGCAUGCAAUAUUACUUGAAAAGAAAAAACAACUAUUAAAAUCAAUGAGGGACUCUGAGGAAAUGUUCAUUGCAAAACGCAAAAUGUAUCAAAAUAUCUCAUCAAUUUCAUGGUCCAGCAUAUCUGAAUUAUCUUUAAAAGGUCAUUUUAUACCACCAAAUGCUCCUCAUUUUACUGAAUCUUUUCAAUUACAACUAUCUGAAAAUAAUCGAAUUACAAAUGCUGACUAUUUGUGGGGUGAGAUUAAAAGAUUUGUUUAA